GCGCGCGCGCCGGAGGAAAUAUAGUCCCUGCCGGCGGGCGGCGGGCGCGCGCGGCGGGGCGGCGCGGGGCUCCGGGCGCCGGGGGGCCAUGCGCGGGGCCGCGCCGGCAGCCGGGGGACCUGGCGCAACUUGCCGGGCGGCCUGAGGAGUUGAGGCGGCCGCGGGCUCGGCGCCCGGCUGCCUUUCUUCCCCCUCGCCGGCUCGCCCCCUCCCUUCUGGCCGUGGGGGAGGGGGCUCGCGCUCCCCCUCCCCGGAGGCCGGGUCCGCCCCCGGCCGCUCCCGUCCCCCGCGGAGCGCACAACUUCCCCGGAGCCGGGGGCAAAGUGGGCGCAAAGUGCUGCCCAAGUUGCCGGGAUGGAGCUGCAGAGCCGGCCCGAGGCGCUCGCCGUGGAACUCGCGCGCCACCAGCUUGGACCGCUCGGGGCGCCGCCGCCGGUGGCCUGGCCCCCGCCCGCCCUCCGAGCGGCCCCGAUGAGGCGGCAGCCACAGAACGGCGACCUCAAGAAGCAGCUCCACGAGAGGCAGCCGCGGAUCGCAGCGCUUAGCGACAAACAAGCCUUGGGAGCCCUCACCGCGGUCGCCGCCGCAGGUCCUCAGGUCAGCUCCUUGCAGAGGUUGGCCGGGCAAGGAGCAACAGUGCUACCUCAGGUUAGGCCAAAGACGCUAAUUCCCGAUAGCCUUCCCAUCACCCCGGGCCGGGACCGGCCCCCCAAGCAGCCCCCGACGUUCCAGAAGGCCACCGUGGUCAGUAUCAAGAACCCCAGCCCGGCCCUCCCCACCGCCAACAACACUGUCAGCCAUGUGCCAACGCCCAGCAGCCAGCCCCAGGCCCUCGCCGAGCCCGCCACCCUCACCUCUCCUCUGAGCAGUGCUGGGGUGGCCUACGCCAUCAUCUCCACCUCCCCCAGCAAUGCUGCCGCCAUCACCCCCAGCACCCCCGUGUCCAUGGUCAGCGACAGCCUCAAGGUCCAGCCCCUCCUCAUCAGUGCCAACAACAAGGUCAUCAUCAUUCAGCCUCAAGUGCAGGCGCAGCCCGGAAGCACGGUGGAGACGCGGCCGCCCACAGAGGAGCCAUCUCAGGGAGCACAGGCCACCAAAAAGCAGAAGGAAGACAGGCCCCCGGGCCAGGAGAACCCCGAGAAAAUUGCCUUCAUGGUAGCGCUGGGCCUGGUGACAACAGAACACUUGGAAGAAAUCCAGAGCAAGCGCCAAGAGCGGAAGAGAAGAAGCACAGCCAACCCUGCCUACAGCGGCCUCCUGGAGACCGAGAGGAAGCGGCUGGCAUCCAACUAUCUCAACAACCCGCUGUUCCUCACGGCAAGAGCCAAUGAGGACCCCUGCUGGAAGAAUGAGAUGAGCCAUAAUGAGCACUGUGCAGCCUGCAAGCGCGGGGCCGACCUGCAGCCCUGCGGCACGUGCCCGGGGGCGUACCACCUCGGCUGCCUGAACCCACCCCUCAAGACGGCGCCCAAGGGCGUGUGGGUGUGCCCCAAGUGCCAGCAGAAGGCCUUAAAGAAGGAUGAGGGUGUGCCCUGGACCGGGAUGCUGGCUGUCAUGCACUCCUAUGUCACCCACAAGACAGUCAAGGAAGAGGAGAAGCAGAAGCUGCUGCAGAGGGGCAGCGAGCUGCAGAGCGAGCACCAGCAGCUGGAGGAGAGGGACCGGCGCCUGGCCUCAGCCGUGAAGAAAUGCCUGGAACUCAAGACGAGCCUGCUGGCCCGGCAGAGGGGCACCCAGUCGUCCCUGGACCGCCUCCGCACCCUCCUGAGGCUGGUGCAGGGCGAGCAGGUGCUCCAGGUCACCAUGACGGCCACCAGUCCCUCCCCACUGCUAGCCACACCCUGGACCAAGCCGCCGGCCACCACAGCCAUGCACCCCACCCUCCAGCACACCCAGGGGCACAACUGACCCCCCAGCGACCUGUCUUCCCACCAGGGAGAGUUACUGGGACCUGCUCACACAACCUGGGGGUGCUGCUGGCCUUAAUUCAUAAACACUAUGAAUUUCAGACAAAAAUAUAAGCAGAGAGAGAAAAAAGAAGGGAGAGCGAGCUGGGUCAGAGUCCUAGAGCUGGGGCAGCGGGUGGUGGCGGAGUCCAGAUGGGGCCCCCGGAGCCAAGUGGAGAGUGACGGCCCCAGGUGUGUGGCCAGUUUCUGACUGCCACGGGGCUGCCACAGCCCCCCACAGCCUCCUGCUGCCUCCAGAGGAGGGGGCGGGAGACGGAGCAGGUGCCCCCCACAGAGACAUAGCUGAGUAGUAGAGGUAGUUGGGUCUCAAGCAGCUGGGGCGGAUGAUCAGUAGGACCCCUGGGUAGGACACGAUGCCCCCUCAGGGCCACGUGCUCACGGAGGACCCCCUGGUGCUCACGACAGGCCCACCAAAGGGCACCCCGGGCCCCCUUCUGUCAGUAUUAUUAGGGUUAAGAAUUGCAGCAUUAAACUUGAAAGAGUCCCGGAGGUGCGUUCCUGAGGAGUCGCCGCCGUAUUUCCCUGCCGAGGCCCGGGCCCUGCCCCGCGUCCUUGCAGCUUGCUCUCGCUCCUUGCCUCCUUCCCGUUGCAGACCUUUUGGACUCAUUGUUGCUAUCGAUGUAUUUUUCUCAUGGAGUUUUCGGGCAAACAUGGAGCUGAAACCGUGCAGGGGAGGCCCUUGGCAGGUUUUCUAUUUUGGGUUGACUCAUUCAUCUUCUGACCGAAGCCUUUUAUUUUCUCCUUUGGAAGAGCUGAUAAGUAUUCCACUCUUUUCUUGCCAGUACAGACACUAUGCCAAAAAAUAACUUUACGUUUUUAUAUGGUGUUUUUACUGUAAGAUAUUUAAUGUGAAAGGGGCGGGGGCACCUGCUGGCUUUUUUCCUGCUUAUAGAAAUACCUGCUUCAAGGUAUAAAUGGGGAAACCUCCUUUCCGGGAGGCUGGUCGAUUUAGGGAGACCCAGAGGGUUUUUUAAGAACCAGGGUGGGAGGGUUUGGAGAAGGGGUGACCGCCUCGGUAGAGUUUGGCCUUUGGGGGCUCUGAGCCCCUCUCCUUGCUGACCCUUUGAGUUAGCUGAGAGCCUGAGGGUCCCCGCACGCCGGCUUUCAGGGGCUCGUGCUGGGCCUGUCCUGCCACCAGCUUCUCGAGUUCCAAGGAACUUAGCACAACGGGACAGCGCCCAGGAGCCCCCAGCUCCCGCCCCUGGGCAUAUCACAAGGUGCCAAAUCGCAUUGAACACGCGUGUGCGCUUGCGGCCACAGACCCACACGCAUCCAGACACAGGUGCAGAGCAUGGAGGCCAGCCGAGUCCCUCCUGUCGUCCUCACUCUUCCGGGAGAAACUGUGCUGUACGAUACAGAUCUAUUUUAAUACACUCAACACGGGGUUGAACAAGAUUUUUAUAUUCUUUUAUUGAUGAACAAAAUGAACUGUGUGAGACGUGUCUUCUAUAUUGGUUACUCUCUUUGCCGACGAUGCGUUGCUGCGUGGCUCGCGAUGUCUUCGAAUUCCUUUUUCGUUUGUCGGUGUUCUUCUCGGAUGGAUCAAAUUGCUUUUUUUAACAUAUUGGGAAGCUGUGAAAGGUUGGAUCCAGGAGGGGUAGCUGCAACGUGUCCCGAGAGUUAGCUUUUUGGACCAAGGAAGACCAUCCAGUGGGUAGUGAGGAUAGAGAAAGUGUUUGUCCUGAAUAUGCCGAUGUAGUUUUCCUUCUGUACGAUGCAUUAAAUGCGAUGGAUGAUUUCAGA